AUCGAAAAUGGCACCAAAACCAUCUGCAGCCAAGGAUAAGGACUUGGUUGAGGAGGAUGAGGUCCUUCAGGCAGUCAUCCUCGCAGACAGCUUCAACAAGCGAUUUAGGCCGAUGACGGUCGGGAAGCCGAGGUGCUUGCUGCCGAUAUGCAAUGCUACACUCCUCGAUUGGACGUUUGAGAGCUUAGCCAUGGCCGGCGUGCAGGAAAUCUUUGUGAUUUGUCGGUCGUAUGCCGACCUUGUGAAGGCUGCAAUACGCGACUCGAAAUGGUCGAAACCGAGCUCGGGUCUGAAGAUCGUGCCCAUCGUGACUGCGAAGGAGACGUACUCACCCGGUGACGCGAUGCGCGAUAUCUACACGCACGGAAUCAUCACGUCCGACUUCAUUCUCGUCAUGGGCGACCUCGUGAGCAACAUUCGUAUCGACGAGGUCGUGCGCGCGCACAAGGAGCGUCGCAGGACGAACAAGGACGCGAUCAUGACCAUAGUAGUGAAGGAGAGCGGGGCGCAGCAUCGGACCAGGUCGAGAGGCGAGUCGGCCGUGUUUGUGCUGGACCCGCAAACUUCGGAGUGCCUGCACUACGAGCCGGUGAUCGGGUACCCGCACAAGACGCACGCGCAGAUCCCUCGUGAGAUCCUCGCAGAGCACCCAGAGGUAGAGAUUCGUAACGAUCUCAUUGACUGCUCGAUCGACAUCUGCUCGACAGAGGUCCCUUCGCUCUUCCAAGACAACUUUGACUACGCCGACAUCCGGCGCGACUUUGUCUACGGCGUGCUCACGUCCGACCUGCUCAUGAAGAACAUCCACUGCUACGUCGCGAGGGACGGGUACGCGGCGCGCGUCGCGGACACGCGGAGCUACGAUGCGAUCAGCAAAGACAUACUCUCUAGAUGGACAUUUCCGCUGGUUCCGGAUAACAACCAUCCCGGUGGCGACUCGUAUGAGCACCUUCGGGGAAACAAGUAUAUUCCGAAAGACAACUCUGUUGUUCUAUCGCGCACUUGCAAAGUUGGCCCGAACACACUGAUCGGCGCGCAUUCGAUCAUAUCGGACAACGCAUCCGUAUCUGCCAGCGUCAUCGGCGAGCGCUGCACAAUAGGUCCAGGGGCGGUGUUGCGGGGGGCGUACGUGUUUAACGACACUCAUAUCGGAGCUGGAACACAUGUCGAAGAGAGCAUCAUCGGCGCGAACGUGCGGAUCGGCGAGGAUAGCACGAUCCACACGGGCUGCCUAAUUGCUGAUGACGUUGUUCUCGGGAAGAAUGCGAGGCUGGACAAGUUUGAGAGGGUAUCGAAGAGGAGGGAGGUAAGCGGAGACGAUGCGGAUGACGAGGAGGAUGAUGAGGAGUGGGAGAGGGUCGAAGCUCACCAGAGCUCGGUGACCUCGUUCGUCGGCAAGGGCUCAAAUGCCAUCGUCUGGCCUCAGGCGGCUCUUGAGGCCGAAGAUGAGGAGGCUGAACCUGUGGAGUCGUUCAACAAUCAACGGCUCAUGCGGAUUGGAGAUACAGCAGAGGACCUCGAACUAUCCGACGCAGGCUCUGUCACCGAGUCCGAAUCAGGGUCAGAUACGGAUACCGAAGCUUCCUCAUCCCGCGCCCUCUCCCGCACCUCCUCCAUGACUUCCGCAUCGGUCGCGCCCGACGUGACGGGCCUGCACAAUCUGCAUGCAAACGCCGCCGAGUCCGAGUUCCGCUCGGAGGUCAAACAGUCACUCGACCGCGCAUUCGCCGAGGGCCACAGCGUCGACAACGCCGCCGUCGAGCUCAAGACAUUGCGCAUGGCGAGCAACGUGCCGCUCCGGAGAGUGCGUGAGGCUGUUGUCGAGGCGAUCGUGGAGCGCAUUGGGAUUGUCGAAGGAAACCCGACGGGACAGCGAAAGGAGAUUGCGAAGACGGUUGAGCGAUGGGGACCGUUGAUUGACAAGAUUGGCGGUGUGGAUGCCGUGGAAACAGUUGAGGUGCUGCAGCAUCAUUGUGCGCACUCUUCCCGCCUGCCUCUCUUUGGACAGAUCCUUGCAGCGCUCUAUCAGGCGGACAUUGUCGAGGAAGAGGAUAUCCGCACCUGGCAUGCACGGCCUUCGUCGAGAGGCGAAGGCCACAAACCCGGUCCCGUGCGCGACGGCCUGGAAAAAUGCUGGGCUGUCGGAUCGCACAUGAUCGAGCAAUUUGAUGAGCAGGAGAGCGAAGAGGAGAGUGACGAGGAAAGUGAAGAGGAGGAGAAGAAGGAGAGUGUGAGUGGGGAAGGUGGUGAGAAGCGGAACGAGGAACAGGCGAUACCGAUCGCGGUGGCGCCAGCUCAGGCGACGGUCACCACCAGCGCGGAAGCCCCCACGGUGAUGGAGAAGACUAUGACAAAAGUCCCGGCAGCUUCUGCAUCUGCCGCAAAGCCAAAGACUGUCAUUACGGCAGAAACUACUACAACGGUAGUGCAGAAGAUCGAGACCGUCGCAGUAGCGGAAUCGAGUGCAUCUGAAAAGAAGCCCGUCAGCAAGCCCGCCGCUCCCGUUGCGGUCCAGCAGGAAACUAAGGAAAUGAAGACCGCCGCCGUCCCGGCAGAUCAGGAGACACCAGCGCAAAUCGGUGCGGAUGAAAUGACCGUUCCUGCCAUAUUGCGCGCUGGCGUAAAGGCUGCACCCGUUGUGACAGUGCCGACAACUCAAAAUGUUUUGGAAGAGGUAGACAGCGAUCAAGACGGGAACUUCGAGACAAGCGAAAGUGAGGAGGAGAGCGAGGAUGUAGCUGCUGUUGUUGGGACGAGUGAGGAGGAGAGCAGCGAGGGGGGCUGGGAAGAGCCAUCACCGAUAGGUGAGGAGAGUAGUACGAGUGCGUUGCAGGCGAGAGGUACGGAGAGUACGAGUUCAUGAAGUGCGUGUAUCGUUAGAAGCCCCUUGCCAUCAGUCGAGAUUGCUGUGAUUUCAUUGCUAUCGAUGUCUACCUUACUGAAUAGACCAGCUUGCAAAAAU